CAACAAAUGCACUAACAAAAUGUUUAGAUUAUAUUAAAAAAAAUCAUAAAAAGAAAAUUUUACCUAUAUCUUUUGAUUGUUCUUGGGCAUAUGGAAGAAAUGCUAAGCAAGCAAGUGGUGAAUUUUUAUGCCAAAUUAAACCCGAUG